AUGAACCCCUCAACUUCUUCUGAUUCUGAUUCUGAAUCUUCGAACUCAAGUCCUGAUAGACUUUGUCAAGAUUUUGCAAACCUUCAGGUGGAUAAUAAUUCAGUUCAGAGACCUUCAGGUUUUCCUUUAGCUAAACGUAUCUCAAUUCCAGCUCGAGGUCCGUAUUCGGAAAGCAUCUGGGCUGUUGAUAGUUUCUGCAAUGGCGGAUAUAGCUACAAUUUCAAACCUGGAGGCCCUUCUUCUUCUUCUUCUUCCUCUUCAAUCAAUAACUUCCCAUCUACAAGCUGUUCUUUCUCUGAACCACCGUCGAUCCUGACAUCUUCCUUGCGGAGUAAUAAGGUUCUAGAUAUGGGAGUUCAUGAAAUUCUUCUAAUGGCUAAAGAUGAAGAGGGCUCGAAGUUUCUCCAGGAAGGUUUAUCUUUGCCAGGGGAUUCCAGGAUUGUUUCCAGGGUGUUUGAGAUCGCCCUGGAAUUUACCCUGGAAUUGAUGACUAGCAAACAUGGACGUUUUGUAUUCGGAAAAUUGAUUGAAUCCUGUGACGAAGACCACCUCCGAGUGAUUACCUUCAAGAUUGUUUCGGAAGUUGACUUGUUUCUCAAUGCAUCCAUUGAUAUAAACGGCUCAUCCUGUAUCAAGAAACUGAUCCGAGUGCUCGGUAGAUCCAAAACGAACUUCCUGGCACAAAUUAUGUCCACCCUGGGAAGAUUUUUCGGGUAUCUAAUGGUUAAUAGAACCGGAUCCUCCAUAAUUUUGCUGAGUCUAGACAACUGUUAUAUCCGGAAGAAUGAUUUUGUAUACCAAGCAGCUUUAGAACACUGUCUCUCCUUGGCGAAUCAUGAACAAGGAUGUAUCUCGAUGAACAAUUUCAUCGAUGAGAUGAAAGGUUCGCGCAGAAAACAAAUUCUUCAGUUGAUUUCAAUGAAUGCAGUGUGCCUGGCGAAAAAUCCGUUCGGUAACUAUGUUCUAAAGCAUGUUCUAGACCUUGAGGAUCCAGGAUUGAUUGAGAAAAUUUGCCUGAUGCUGCGAGGCCAUGUGAUCGAUCUUUCAAUGAUGAAAGGGGGGAGUCAUGUGGUGGAAAAAUGCCUGAAGUUUCAGGAGUUUAUGUAUUAUGCAGUUGAAGAGUUUCUCAGAAGCAACCGAACUGUGGAAGUUGCUAAUCACAGUUGCGGAAACUACGUGAUGCAAACAGCAUUGAGAGAAACAAGGAGAGUCGAUAGAGGCCUCCAUGACAGACUUGUGAUGAAACUUAGAGAAAAUCUCACUGAGCUCCUCCAGUUUGGACAUGGAAGACAUGUUUAUAAGUUGAUUUGUAGCUAG